AUGUCCUCAUCGAUUUUCUUCUCCUCUCCAAUCGAAACCAGUCUGCAAGUAUCUUACCUAUUCUUCCCGAUUCAAUCCAGCAUCCAGCCAUUCCAUCGUCCUUCGACUUUCUUCUCCCAGUCCUUUCGAUCUAUCCGAAUCCACAUCGACGGUCUCGUCCUUUGUGUUCGCCAACCGUUUCGUAUCAUCCCAAGUCCAAUCGAUUUCGUUCCAUUCGUUCGCGUUCCAGCCAUUCCAAGUCCAUUCAUCGCUCAUCUCCUUUCGAUCCUGGACCGUCCAUUCGCUGUCGAGCCAAUCCAUCCAUCGAAAUAA